AAGAGAAACAUAAAGAAAUGAGAAGGAAAUUUCCUGCAUAUUAUACAUGAUGUAGAAAGAGUAAUGCACUCGACUUAUAUAUUAGCUUGAAAAUUUAGCCAUUCAUAAACAUGGCUCUGUUAGCUUCCUGUUGGUUGAUCGUCGAAUCUUUCGUCGUCCCACAUGGAUUCAUCAAGUGGUUCUACUUGAGCUUUUACAUUCAUCCAUCCUUUCUUGUUUUCUGCCAACUCUUUCUAUGGUUCAACGACUUGCUCAACCUAUUCAUCUUCUUGUUUCACCCUUUAGACCUCGUGUUUCCAUUUAUCGCGAGGGUAGUCGUGUUUUUGUUUUCCUACAUUAGGCCAAUUACCAAAGAUGAUGUCUAUUAUGAUGCUCUUGAACCAGAACAUAAAUCGUUACAAGAUUGCCAGGUUUUCGUUUCGGCUAGGAAAUCGACACCUGCAACAAUAUCCCGGGUUUUUUACACAAGUGGAAAUGAAAUAGUUCAUCGUAGAUGUGUUAAAGAUUCAUGGUUGAAUCAGUAUUUGUAUUCUGAUCAUUACAACUAUACUGUUUCUAAUUUCAUGUACGAUGUUACUAACAUGUCCACUUAUGUACAACCUGAUCAACAUGAAUGUACAACUCCAAUUCCUUCUACUUUCUUGAACCAUUCAGUUGAUGGUGAAACUGAAGAUUCUGUGAUUAGUACUCCUUCUAAUGAUCCUCUGAUUCUUGAGAAUAUGAUUCAAGACGACUGCGUUUCGCCUCUUUCAAGUCUGGAUGUCAACGACGAGUCUUCAGCAGCAGGCGACGUGCUUGUACAUAAAGCUUUUUUGCCAUCAUAUUGUAGCACUGAUGCUGAAGAUCCAUUCCACAAUAAGUACAUGUCUAGAGUGAGAUUCUUCGACGUCCUCUAUCACGAAAGACUACAUGGAAUCAAUGCGAUCUUGAACGAGCAUUUGAGGAAUCCUAUCAUUUUCGACUUCAUGGCGCCAUUGACUAAUUAUCCAAUUGUGUGGAGUGGAACUGCAAGAAAGAGGGUGCUGAAAAGUUUGGAAUUUGAUCUUGAAAUGAUUAAUGUGGCUCAGUCUUGCCUGUUUUGGGAGGCCCUUGAUCAUCAGUAUCACAAAGUUGAGUCUCUUUCACUAUCUGAAAACUGUGGCAACAUACUAUUUCAUCAUAACAUUUCAGGGAAAUUUCAAGAGCUUGAGAUUCUAUUGAUAAGAUUUGUGGAGAAUCAAAGAUGUGAAAGCCAAAAAUCUUCAAGUAUUACUAGAAAAAGACUUUCUUUCCAGAGUCUUCUCCGUAUCCCUAAUGCAGCAGGAUUUGUCCAUAUGGAGAAAGAAAACAAGAUGCUGGGCUGCAUAAGGCCAGCUCAAUUAUUAGAAGCCAUUGACAACUGCAUCAAAGCUUUCUGGUUAUACAUCAAUGAUGAAAAGAAGCCAUUUUGGAAAUAUAAGGGUAUCUGGAGGGCUCCUCCAUCUGUUGAAGAUCCUCAGUAUUUGGAGCUUCUAUACAAUGUGCUCAAAGAUUUUCAUAAGAAAGAGAUAAUGCUGAGAGGUGUGGAAGGAAAGAGAAAGUGUUGGAUGAGAAGGAAAGUGAAAGAAGUGCAAGCAGAAGAGAAGAGAAACAUUGUGGUUGGCAUGAUUGAUGUGAGGCUAGUGCAAAGGAUGCUUAAGAUGCCUUUAAUUAAUAGGUCUCACCUCAAAUGGUGUCAAGACAAGCUUAACAAUUUAGAUUUUAAGGAAGACACUGUUUUUAGGGGGCCAAACACUCAGCUGUUUCCCUUGCCUUGA